GAAUGUACACUGGAGAAUUAAUGCAGUUUGAUGCCACUUUAACUCUCUUAGCUCAAUGUUAUAGAAUCUUGGGAUUUGUAGUUUGGUGAGGAAGCAGCACUUUAGGGCAGAGGAAGCUAAAAACCUUGUAACACUACAAUUCCCAGGAUUCCAUAGGACAGAGCUGUGGUAGUUAAAGCAGUGAUAAACUGAAUUAAUUCUACAGUGUAUGCGUACCCUGGGAGUUAUGAGUCCAACAAUAUCUGAAAGGCCACACAUACUACUAAUUCUGAAGAGGUCCUCAUAAAAACAGACAAGUUAAGGACAUUUGUACCAUCCACUAAAAUUAGCCUUCCAUUAUUGUUUUCUUCUAAAGUGCCAAACAGAAUCCUCUACAGCUGUAGAACAGAACAGUGCAAAAGAAACUAUUUUUACUUUGAAGUUUCCCCCCUAUUUUUUCCUUUCAAGGACACAAAUCUCCCUUCUCUUUCAACUGGUUAUCUCUAACCUACAUGGUCCCAGGGAAUUUUGUGUUAUUUCCUUUACAACCCAAGACAUGCUAUCAUUGUUUUGCUACUCUCUCCAAGGAUUUCCCAAGCCCUGCAUAGUGUCCCUCCAGUGAACCUUAGGUUUCUUCCAGGAAAUGCAAGUUUAGGUAAAUGCAAUGAAAAUGCCCAGCCUCUUUCUGAAUAUACUACAAGAACACCUAUGCAGUGCAAACCGAUGAGGACAAAAGGGAAGGUAUGGAGACUUUUACUUGAAUCUUCAUGGAUGUGCUUGGAAACACAUGGAUACCUGUGAUAUAUUUAUGAAGUUAAACUUUUGAAGUCUUGAAAUUUAAGACAUGCAACGACAAACUGAUCCACCCCCAGUAACAAUGCAGGGGAUUCAGACAGUGGAGGAAAAAAAUCCUGUUGUCAAGGCAUCCUUAGUCACAUCAACCGAAGGGAGCCCAGAGUGUAGCAGCAGACUCUGUCGGAAGAGGCAACGCUGCCACGAGCCACCAUUGGAAGGAGCUGUCUGCAUCUCUCGGUGCUCUACUGAGCAUGUCCCAGAGGAGCUCUGUGCCAGCAGCACAUUAUGCAAAAAAGCAGCUCGAGCAGCUGAGAACGAGGCAGAACAAGCCUUUGCUCCACUUGCAUCACCGCUGCUUGAAAACAAACCUGGAUUACCCGAAAGGUCUCUGCUGCCAGGCCAGCUGAAUGAAACGGAAAGGCAUGACUUGAUUUCUGAUGCUGCACCACUGCAAAGCAAUAUGGGGAAUCAAGAUGGGAAGCUGAAGAAGAAUGCAGGUGAUGCACACGAUGGAGGUGAGGAUGCUUCGGGGCCCAGGGAUGCGGAUGGCACAAAGAAGGGAGCAGGGAGCAAAAAGGGACUGGGGAAGCAUAGCAAAGGGAAUGAAUCGGGUAAAAAGAAGGGCAAGUCAGAGUCCCGAGGCUCUGUGUUUUCCAAUCUGCGGAUCAGAAAGAAUCUCUCCAAAGCAAAGGAUGGAAACAGUAGCUCCAGAGAGGAUGUUUUAGAAAGCCAGGCCUCACAAACAGGCGAGCUAGACAGCGCUCAUUCAAUCCUCACCAAAACUCCUGAUAUUAGCAUUUCUGCAGAUGAGGGGGGUCUCUCAGACACAGAUGUGGAACAUUUUGAACAUACAAAUGAAACUCGCCCAGCUGCAGCCGAGCCGCAGGAUGGACAAAGGACCAGCUCCGGCUCCGAUACGGAUAUAUACAGUUUCCAUUCAGCCACAGAACAAGAAGAUUUGCUUUCUGAUAUCCAGCAGGCUAUUAGACUGCAACUGCAGCAGCAGCAGGGGGCAAUUAACAGUGGAACUGAGCAGCAUGGCACCAAAACAAUGGGCCUACACAUGGCUAAUUCUCAAGCAGCCCCCUUCGAUUUUGAAAGGUUUCUUUCAUUAAGCAGCGACAAAGACAGCAGUCCAGAAAUGGAACAGCCUGUCUCAGCUAAAUCGGAAAUUACAGACUAUAUCCCUGCAAGCGAUAUCGAAAGUGGAGUGAAAGAGGUGACAAAUGGGAUUGGACAUUCCUGCAGUAGUGUAUUUGAUGUGCAAGAAGAACAUGGGCAGUUGCCGGAAGAGGAAAGGCAACCUGCCAGCGAACAAAAAGCUGCAGCAACAGAAAAUGGAACUCUGCUAGGCAGAUCAGUGUUUAAUUUCCCAUCACCAAUUGGGGAAUCAGAAACUGAAGUGUCGGCUUUUGAAUUUUCAGGUUCAGAAAGGGAAGAAGAGGAUAUUGCUAACACAAGCCACAACCAAGUUGAAGGUGCCAAAGAAAGGAAAAGGAGUAUAUCAGCUAGCAGGGAGGCCUUAGAUGAUGGUUUUUCCGCUACAAUAAAAAAUGGAACUCUGUCCUCCAAUGAUGUCUCAAGUAGUCCCAUGCAUAGUUCUAAAGGUUUAAAGCCCUUUCCUCCCAUUAACCCAUGCUAUAUCAAAACCACCACUAGGCAGUUGAGUUCUCCAAAUCACUCGCCCUGUCUGUCCCCAUCCCAAAGUCCACUCUUUAAAAGGAGACGUGAGUCCACUCAGAGGAAAGAAAAUGUGCCAACCAAGAAGCAGAGGGCGUCCAGUUUGGCUGGCCCAUUUAGCCGAUCAGCAGACUGGACAGAUGAGGUUUUCAAUCAUCGAGGUGAUGUAGCUCAAAAGUCAGGCUCUGCAGAUUUCUUGGAGUACAGACGGAGUAGAGAUGGCUUCCAGGGAGAGAGAGUGCCUUUGAAUCACUUGAGAAAGUCCUCUGGGACUCCAGCUUCCACUGACACCUUCCCCAAUGUUUUUACAGGCCGAACUCUUCUGGAGAAGCUGUCCUGUCAGCAGGAAAAUGCGCCACAAGAAGAAGCAGAGAAGAUUUGUUCCUGGAUAAUUGCAAUGGGUCUUCUUUUGCCUUUCAGUGAUUGCUUCAGAGAGCCAUGCGGUGGCCAGAGUGCACAACAAAGUGCACCAACUUUUGAUCAAGACCAGCUUUAUACUUGGGCUGCAGUCAACCAACCCACACAUUCAUCGGAUUAUAUCGAAGGAAGAUUUCCUGGAAGAAUUCCAUCAGUAUGGCCACCACCAAAGCCCCCAGACGAAGAACAGAGAAUAAAACAUAAAGAACCAGAAUAUGAUGUUGUCACUCUGGCAAAAGAAACAGAAUAUAUAGCAGGAGUUCAGCAGAUACAGGAGGAUGUUAUAAUAAAAUCAGAGGAGCGGGCAAGUGAGAUUCAGCGGUUGGAGCAGACCAUCCAAGAUCUGAAAAUAAAAAUUGCAGAGUUGGAGAAACAAUUUCCAGCAUCAGAGGUGCUGGUUUCCAGUAGCAAUCAGAGGGAGAGUGGACAGACCACCUGUGAGGAGCUCUUCAGUGCAGGCCUUGAAGAACAGGAAUUGCAGACCCUGCCUAAAACUAUAACUGCAAAAUCUGUGCAGACUUCACCAACAGACGAUUGUUUAAUACACACAAUGCCUUCAGCCAGCACACUGCCACAAGCACCUCCCCUCUUGAAAGGGAACGUGAGUCAAGGGCCAACUCAACUAUUGCCAACACUUGAGCCACAGACCACCUUUUGCUCUGAAUUAUCUUUAGUUCUCUCACCCAAACAAAUUUCUUUACAAUUGGAUGAUGUCCAAGAAAAAUUAACUGGAUUGCAGAUUUCAGGACCUGAUGCUAAUUUUCCACCUUUAUUGCAAGAACAACCAGUGUCAUCUACAGCUCUAAGUACUGAGAGUUUUACUUGCAGUGAGGCUUCCCCUUCCUUAUCUUCUCACCCUGUUUUGGAAUCCCACCCUGGACUGUCUGACACAGGAGUGUCUCCCUCUCUGCCUGGAGCAGGAGUCCCAUUUGUAAUGCCACCCUCUCCCAGUUCAGGUGUACCGCUUCCUCUAGCCCCAUUUUCCUCAGGACAUGCCCUGUCUUCUCUUCCUGCCCCACUGUUGCCUAGUGGAGGGAUUCCUCCUCCACCACCUCUUCCAGGAAUGGACAUGGCACCUCCUCCCCCACCUCCUUUGCCUGCAGCUGUAAUGCCUACAGAGAUCCCACCUCCACCUCCUCUUCCUGAUAUGGGGGUGCCACUUCCAACAUCUUUGCCAGGGGCAACUGUUCCUCUUGCACCAUCUCUGCCUGGCAUGAGUAUGCCCCCUGCUCCCCCACCUUUGCCAGACAUGGAAGUGCCACAACCUCCACCUUUGCCAUGGACAGGUUUUUCCUCUCCUCAUCUUUUACCAGGAACAGGCAUACCUCCUCCUCCUCCACCACCACCACCAGGAAUAGGGGUUUCACUGCAUCCACCACAUUUACCAGGCAUGGGGAUACCUCCUGCUCCUCCUCCUCUACCAGGAAUGGGAUUGCCACUUCCUCCACCUCCACCACCUUUACCAGGCAUGUGGGGACCUCCUCCCCCACCGCCUUUGCCGGGCAUGGGGGGACCUCCACCUCCGCCUCCUCCACCACCUUUGCCAGGCAUGGGGGGACCUCCACCUCCACCUCCUCCACCACCUUUGCCAGGCAUGGGGGGACCUCCACCUCCACCACCUUUGCCAGGCAUGGACGGACCUCCACCUCCUCCACCUUUGCCUGGUGCAGGACCACCCCCUCCUCCACCACCUCUACCUGGUAUGGGUGUGCCACCUCCUCCACCUAUUAGCCUUCCACAUGGUUCUGGGUUUCUUCCACCUCCCUUGCCAAGUGGUUUGUUCGUAAUGGGAAUGAACCAGGAAAAAGGUAGCAGGAAACAUGCAAUAGAACCUUCUCGACCAAUGAAGCCUCUUUACUGGACAAGAAUUCAACUUCAUAAUAAAAGAGAUUCUAGUGCUUCACUUGUGUGGGAAAAAAUUGAAGAGCCUUCCAUAGAUUAUCAUGAAUUUGAAGAACUGUUUUCUAAAACAGCUGUUAAAGAGAGGAAGAAACCCAUUUCGGACACCAUCACAAAGACAAAGAACAAACAAGUUGUCAAGUUAUUAAGCAACAAAAGAUCACAAGCAGUUGGAAUAUUGAUGUCCAGUCUUCAUUUAGAUAUGAAAGAUAUACAACAUGCUGUUGUGAACUUGGACAACUCUGUGGUUGACUUAGAGACUCUUCAAGCCCUUUAUGAAAAUAGAGCACAAUCAGAUGAACUGGAAAAGAUAGAAAAACAUGGCAAGUCAAGUAAAGAAAAGGAGAAUGCCAAGUCUUUGGAUAAACCUGAACAGUUUCUUUAUGAAUUAUCCCUAAUUCCCAACUUCUCAGAACGAGUCUUUUGUAUCCUGUUCCAAUCAACAUUUUCUGAAAGCAUUUCCUCCAUCCGUAGCAAACUUGAAUUGUUGCAGAAGCUGUGUGAGACAUUGAAAAGUGGCUCAGGAGUUAUGCGGGUUUUAGGCUUGGUCCUUGCAUUUGGAAAUUACAUGAAUGGUGGAAAUAGAACAAGAGGACAGGCGGAUGGGUUUGGAUUAGACAUAUUGCCCAAACUGAAAGAUGUCAAGAGCAGUGACAACAGCAGAAGUCUUCUGUCAUACAUUGUCUCCUACUACUUGCGCAAUUUUGAUGAGGAUGCUGGAAAAGAGCAGUGCAUCUUCCCUCUUCCAGAGCCCCAAGAUCUUUUUCAAGCUUCUCAGUUAAAGUUUGAAGAGUUUCAAAAGGAUCUCCGCAAGCUUAAAAAAGACUUGAAAGCAUGUGAGACAGAAGCAGGAAAAGUUUGCCAGUUUUCAUUGGAAGAGCACAUUCAGCCCUUUAAAGACAACAUGGAGAAAUUCAUUAGUCAAGCUAAAAUUGACCAUGAAAUGGAAGAGAAAUCCCUAGCAGAAACACAUAAAAGCUUUUUGGAGACUGCAUCAUAUUUCUGUAUGAAAGCAAAAAUGGGUGAGAAGGAAGUAUCCCUAAAUGCUUUCUUCAGCAUUUGGCAUGAAUUCAGCUCUGAUUGCAAAGAAUUCUGGAAAAAGGAAAAUAAGCUUAUUUUGCAAGAAAGACUUAAAGAGGCUGAAGAAGUAUGUAGACAGAAAAAGGGAAAAUCACUUUACAAUAUAAAACAAAAGCAUGAUUCUGGAAUUAAAGCAAAGAUAAGUAUGAAAAUCUGAAAGAAGAAAGGCAGAUGCCAUUGUCCACUUGUUCAAUUAACUGUAUCCAUCUGUGAGGAGAAAAGGGAAACUACAUCAUACAGCCCAUGUCAUUUCUUGAAAUUUGCUUUGCAUUUUUCCUUCUUUUUACCGACUAAUAUCUGACAAGCAAUCAGUAAGGAUGAGUCUGCUCCAUGGGCAACUUAAUAAUGGAUAUCACGAGUUAGAGGCAAGUCUAUUUCUAUUUCCUGUAUCCUGUGCUUCCUUCCAAUCCAAAUGUUAUUUUGUAAUGUGUGGAGGAAUACUCAUAAUAAACUAAAAAAAAACCCAACGUGUGUAAGUGGUAAUAUAUGUCCUAACUGAAAACUGUAUAAACAUCUAACAUCAUGCAAAUGUUAGAUUUCCAUUUCUGCUGGCAACAUCUUUUCAAGCAAAUACAACUACAGCAGUGCAUUUAGAUUAGGUGGAAGAAUGUCAGUUCUUGAGAAGUGUUUGUAUCCAUUUUGUGUGACAUUUGUAGUUUGUAUGUUGAAUUGGUAAAGUCCUCCUUUCACACAAUAUGCUCUGUUCUACAAAUUCACACUCUAAACUUAUUUUCAUUGCUCAUAGCCUCCAGUUCCAAAAAUAUAUGUUCAGCGUGGUUAUCCUUAUAGUUCAUAAAGUGGGGGCAUUUUCUCUUCAUCUUUUGCCAGAUGUAAGUGAUGGAAGCAAAAGAGAGGAAAGUUGUCUGGGUGCAGUAAGGUAGGAUUUGUUUGGAGGUUUUUAAAUAGACUUGGGUAUACUAUGUAUAUUUUAAGUGAUCUGUUUAUACAGCAAUGAAAAGUUUGCUGUAGAUUACAAACCAUGCUGUUUGUAGGACUAAAGACCUUUCCUUCUUUAAUCAUUCUAGAUCAUCAAGCUGAUAAUAUGAACUUCAGUUUUCUGUUAACAAAGCAAAGGAUCAAAAUUAAUUGAGGCAUUAUAUUUUAUCUAGGACCCAUACUAUAAAUGACAUAUAACAGUUAUAAUUAUUUGCACUUUUUGAUUGCAUCCACCAGAAGCAAUCUAAUGAUUGAUCACCUCCUGUUUACAACAUCUCCUCCAUACACUGUAGCUUCAGCUUUUCAAACAUUAUGCAAGCAGCCAAAAUUAGGAAGACAUAAGAUGUAUAUAUAUCCCAAAGCCCUUUAGCAUGGAAGGUGCUGGGGGAUUUUUGAGUUCUAAGCUGCUGGUUUUUUUUUUCUCUCCUCCAUGUAGUCCGGUACAUGAUACCUGGUUGUCCAGAGGUUAAUAUAUGGUUCCAGGAAUCAUAAGGGCUGCACAAUUAUGACCUCAGGAAUUGACCUUUUAAAUGCCAAGCACUAAAAAGAUAUAUUUUUCAUUCAUUGAAAAAAUUGUUACGUGAUCAGCCUGAAAUUCUGUUGUGUUUCAGGAUAGUUCCUGAUAGUUCCUUUAUGUUUUCUCAGAACUGCAUUAUAAAAUCCUGUAGUGUGUCAGGAAAAAAGUUAUUUCUUGGGAAAGGGAAAAGAAAAAAUUGUUACAAGAGACCUAUCACAAGCAAAUAAAGAAGUAAAAGAUAUUUUAAUAGCACUGAUAAAAUCUCAUGUUUAUAUUUAUGUAAGCUCUAGUCUUUGCUGUUUAACACUUGCAUUUCCUUUCAUUUAAGUGCAUUUAAAACCAUAGUAGCAUGUUUCUGUUUUGUAGACUUCCUCUUCCCUUCAGUAUCAACAGUGUGUAUAUUGCCAUACUAAAUUAAAUAACAAAGAUCGCUAUGUGCAAUAUUGUAUUUAGUGUUUCUAUUCCAAUUUUUUUAGAAUGUUAAUUUAUAUGAAAAAUAAAAGAAAUAAAGAGAUCAA